UGUCAAAAAAGUGCAUUGAUCGAGUUAUUUUUAUUUCAAUUGCAUUAAUAUUUAAAAAAAAAUAUAAAGUUUUUUACUUGUAGUAAACGUAUUUUUAUAUUUAAAUAUCAAGACAAUGAUUUUGUGGAUACCUCUGUCAGUAAAUAAUCAGUAUGGGUGAUCUUAGUGCUUCCGAUUGUUCAUGGAAGAAAAUGGUGAUAGCAAAAUCUAACAACAAAUGGUUUACCUCAAUUAAAACGGAAUCUGUAGAAUCUUUAUCUACAAAUAUGAAUACGGCAAAUUUUUCCAUUGAAGAAGAUCCAUUUAACUUUACAAUUAAAAAAGAAAUUCCUGAGUGUGCUGAAAAUAGCAGCGAUGAAGACAGUGAUGAUACAGCUCCCAUGGAAAUAGUAGAUACAUUUCUAGCGCCGGAAAAUAGAAAGCGGCGUAUCAGCGUGGGGCCUAAGAAUGAGACGCCGGAGGAAAGGGCUUCGAGGCUAGCUAAGAUGUCAGCAUAUGCGGCAAAGCGGCUAGCGAAUGAAUCUCCGGCGCAGCGCGCUCAACGCCUAAAACGUAUGUCCGAAUAUGCCGCCAAACGCCUAGCGCAAGAGACAAGUGAACAGCGAGCUAAACGCUUAGCACGGAUGUCAGCCUACGCAGCCAAGAGGCUAGCGAGUGAAUCUCCAGAGCAAAGGCAAUUAAGAUUGACCAGGAUGUCCGCAUAUGCCGCUAGGAGGCAAGCCAUGAAAAAAGAUAUGGCCUCCCCAAGGCGUAUGAGUAAUACUAGUGUGGAUGUUAAUAUAAAUACAGAUUAUGUAUCUAUAAGCAUUGCAAAGCAUAACCAAAGUUGAGAUUGGUCACCCAUAGUCAUAUGAUCAUCUUGAUUUGUAUGUUUAUGGAUAAUAGUGCAGUAAUAAAACUGUUUUAAAUAAUUUUUUAAUAUUUUAGGCACCUCGUGCACUAGAUGCCUUUAACCAAACUUCUACUAUAAUAAGCAAAGUUAGGUGGGGCCUAUAAGCUGUUUGGCGCUCAAGAUUUUUGGAAAUAGUGCUUUAACUCAGGGAGAUACAAAUAACUAGUAUAAUUUAAUAUUUGAAUACCAGGAGCAAAUGUGUUUUUUACAUAAGAAAAUAAUAGUUGGCAUGUUUUUGGUGAUAAACAAUUCAACUAUUUGCUAUAGCGAAUGAACAACUUAACAAAUUAUUUGUAACCACUUGUUUUAACCAAAAGACCUUGAGCUUUUGAACCCCUCAGAAUCCAAUGUCCCAAGUAGGAUUGUCGGGCUAUGUACCUAAAAACCCACACAAAUCUGUUAUAUUAUGAAGGGCUUUGUGUAUUGUGAUUACCUAUACCGAUGGCUGCCAAUUUUACUUUUUUCAAAAUAGCAGUCAUGGAUGAAACACUUAUUAAUCAGUACAAAAAGGAAGAUAUUAAAUCAAAAAUGGUACAAAUAAGACAAAAUCUCAUAGUUUCAGGUUUUUGAACUAAGCCUUAUUACAUAAAGAUGAAUUUAACCAUUUAUGCAUUCCUGUCAAUAUUAAAUGGACAAUUAAACUUUUAUUUACAUUUUAAGUUAAUACAGUGCUGUAAUACCUUCAUGUGAUCUGUUUAUUUUUUAUUUGGUUUAUGUUACCAACUAAAAGAAGUCAGAAUGACUAGAUUGCAUUCUUUUGUUUGCGUUAUUUUGUGCUUUAUAUGGCCGCCAUAAGUUAUAGUUGUGGCCACCUAGUGUGUGAGGGCCUUUAAAAUAAUUAGAAUCUUAGAGUGUGUGUACAGAGAUUUUUAAGAUGUAAAUAAUUAUUUUACCUGCAAGCAGCAAUAUAUUUAACUUGUGUAUCUUCCUUAUACGGAUAUAUUUAGGAAUAUAAUGUGCGUUUAACAGUGCAUAUAAUAUUAUUAAGAGCUUUUGCAUUUUUAAGCAGCUAGUUAAUUAAGCUUUUACUGAAAUUAUAAUAAAUUCAUUUUUAUAAUCACUA